GUCUCCCUGUGGAGCAUCCCCAGUGCAGGGUGUCUGCAUCCCUUUGCCUCUGGGUCUGCAGCGGAGCGACUUGGCUCAGAGGGAAUUGUCACUUUGGGAAGGGGGUAAAACCCUGCUGGUUCUUGAAAGGGAGAAAAAGGAGGUGAUGGGAGCCAAGGAAGCCCCACCGCAGAGCUGGGCGCUUCGUGCAUCCGGGCACUUUUAUACAGGAUUUACAAAUGCCGCCUGAAAUGGGCCUCCCAGCUUUUGCACAGUUUGAUGCAUGGCUGCUUUUCUUCUUGCAAGAACAUCUCCUGGGGAGAAGAGCCAGUGGAGUCAUGCCUAAGAAGGAUGAUGACGCCAAAAAGCCGGCAUCGGAGACGGUGCUGGACCAGCACUGGAAACUACAAGUCUUCUACCUCUGCUUCUAUGGCUUCAUGACACAGAUCCGGCCCGGGGAGAGCUUCAUCACCCCGUAUCUACUGGGGGCUGACAAGAACUUCACACAGGCAGAGGUGACCAACGUGAUCAUGCCGGUGCUGAGCUACUCCUACAUGGCUGUGCUGGUGCCCAUCUUCCUGCUGACAGACUACCUGCGCUACAAGCCAGUACUGGUGCUGCAGAGCCUAAGCCACGUCUCCAUCUGGCUGCUGCUCGUGUUGGGCACCUCGGUCCUGGCCAUGCAGCUGAUGGAGUUCUUCUACGGCGUCACCAUGGCUGCCCGGAUCGCCUACUCCUCUUACAUCUUCUCCCUCGUUGCCCCGUCCCGCUACCAGCGUAUGGCUAGCUACUCCCGCUCUGCUGUCCUCCUGGGUGUCUUCACCAGCUCGGUACUAGGCCAGCUCUGUGUCACCUUGGGCAAUGUCUCCUUCCUCACCCUCAACUAUGUAUCGUUGGGCUUUGUCAGCUUUGGCCUUGUCCUCACUUUCUUUCUCGAGCGGCCCCGGCGCAGCCUCUUCUUCAACCGGCCUGAGGGGCCUGGCAACGGGGCUGCACCUGCCGAGCUGGACAAGAUGGCCGGGGGGGACAGCAGUGAGGGGACACAGGGCUGGCAGGAUGCGGUGCUGUGCCGUAUGCUGCGGGAGGUGGUAGUGUUGGCCAGGCAACCCCAGCUCCGGCUCUGGUCCUUGUGGUGGGUGUUCAACUCAGCCGGUUACUACCUGAUGCUGUACUACGUGCAGAUCCUCUGGAAUGAGAUCUACCCUGCCACGGACAACGGCCGGGUAUACAACGGAGGGGUGGACGCUGCCUCCACACUGCUGGGGGCUGGCGCUUCCUUCGCUGCUGGCUAUGUGAAGAUCCGCUGGACGCUCUGGUCGGAGCUGGUGAUCGGGGUGGUGACAGCUUUCCAAGCAGGACUGCUCCUGCUCAUGAACACCACCAGCAACAUCUGGCUGUGCUACGCUGCCUACGUCCUCUUCCGUGGCUCCUACCAGUUCCUAGUGCCCAUUGCCAUUUUCCAGAUCGCUACCUCCCUCUCCAAAGAGCUCUGCGCGCUUGUCUUCGGGGUCAAUACCUUCUUUGCCACCAUGCUGAAGACCAUCAUCACCAUCAUUGUGGCUGACAAGAGGGGCUUGGGCUUGUCCGUGCAUCCCCAGUUUUAUGUGUAUUUUGGCUACUUCACAGUGCUGGCGGUGGUGUACCUGCUGGCAGCCAUUGGCGUGGGCAUCCAGCACAGCCGCCGCAAGCAGCCGGCGGAGCUGGCCUUGGCCAAGGAACCAUGCCACCUGCCUGCUGAGGUGCCGGCACAGAAGAGCCCAGAGGCAGGGGCUGUGCAAGCCUGAGUGCUGGCACUGCGACCACCGCGGCCAGGUCUCAGCUCCAUAAGCAAGCGUCACUGUCACUGUGUGCUGUCUCCUGUCCUGCUGGUGGUCCAUCCCACUGAGGAUAUACCCCCUGGGAUCGAUUUUCUGCUCCGUGGGGGCAGGGCUGUGCCUCCCCAGCCACAACCACAACCAGAAGAGGGGCAGGAUACCCACGGCUGCCACCACCGGGUACCACACAGGGAUAUGGAUGGGCUCAGGGGGUCUCCCAGACACUGGCUCCCUCUCAUCGUGCAGAGCCAGGCUACAAGAGGAUAACAUUUCUUUAUUCAGUGCCUUUAGAAAAUGGUUUAUAGGACACAACUGACAAAAAAAAUAUAAAGAUCCACAGGCUUUAAAUUGCAUUAAUUACACAAAAUACAGUAGACUGUAAGAAAUAGAGACCGUGUGACUCGCACAGCUUUUAUGGUAAUGAUUUCCAUACAAUAAUAAAAAGCUAGUUACAGAUUU